AAUUUAAAAUAAUAAUGAUAAUACAACAGGGAAAUAUGAUUUGGUUACUUGGAUCUAGAUGACUUUUUUUUCCUUGCUAGCUCCCUGGAAUGGAACCUAAAACCCUCUGGUUUCACACACUGUUACCUGGUAAAGUAGUUUUUUUUUCCUGGAAGUUGGAAGUGAUUGUUCUUCUUCAGACCAAAAAUAGUCACCUGGAAGAUGGUAUUUGGGCAAGUGGUGAUUGGUCCUCAUGGUUCAGGGAAAGACUACUCACUGCAAUGGCAUGUCUCAGUUCCUCACACUAAUCGGAAGCUCACUUCUCUUCCACCUUUUCUUCUAAUUAUGAAGGUUGCAGUUAUUAUUAAUCUGGAUCCUGCCAAUGAUACCUUGCCUUAUGCAAUAAAUAUUGAGGAUUUCAUAAGAUUAAGGGAAGUAAUGGUGGAGCAUUCUCUCGGCCCAAAUGGUGGUCUCGUUUAUUGUAUGGAUUAUUUAGAGAAGAAUAUUAUUGACUGGUUGGAGUCUAAACUUCAACCUUUUCUGGAAGAUCACUAUCUUCUUUUUGAUUUUCCUGGCCAAGUUCAGUUAUUUUUCCUUCACUCAAAUGCCAAAAAUGUCAUCAUGAAGCUCAUUAAAAAGUUGAAUCUUAGGUUGACUGCUGUACAUUUGGUUGAUGCACAUCUCUGUAGUGACCCUGGGAAAUAUGUCAGUGCUUUGCUUCUCUCGUUAUCUACUAGACUGCAUUUGGAGCUUCCGUCCGCACAUCAAUGUCUUGUCUAACAUUGAUCUAAUUGAGAGCUAUGGAAAGCUGGCUUUCAACCUUGAUUUCUACACUGAUGUACAAGAUCUAUUACAUUUACAAUACCAUCUGGAUCAGGAUCCUUGCUCUACCAAGUAUAGGAAACGCUAAAAGUCUUCAUCAGCCAAUAACAUUGCUUGGUUGAUUCACUGUAGAAGAACAAAUGAGUUCAAAAGUGAAAACGCCAGAGGUAAAUUCAGUCUGGUUUCUUAUGAUUUUCUGGCUGUUUUGUGCUUGACUCUUACACCCAAUAAAAGCUUUGGCAUAUG